AUGAAGUAGAAUUUUUAUCAUAAUUUAAACUUAGUAUUAACUUUAGCACUUCUUACAACUACCUACGGGUUUCAUGAUUUGCCACAUAUGCUGAUUCUUGGGAUAGCUAAAGAAACGCUAAUUGAAAAAGAUCCAGAAAUUAUAUAAAUAGCAGAAAAAUACUUUGAUCAAUUUGAAGAACCUCAUCAAAAAGGUUAGGUUUAAUUUGAAGAGCAUAGUAUUUGGUCAGAUGAUAUUAAGUAUUGGUAUAAAUCUAGCGUCAAGUAUUGGGAUACCUGGCACUAUAUAGAUUAAAUUUAUAAUCCUAGCAAUUAUCCAAUAGAUGUUAAUAAAUAAAAAGAUUCUAACUCAAAUGCUUAAGUUGCUUUCAAUCAAAUCAAAGAAACACUUAAAAAUAAAAAUCUAAAUGGAAAGAUAACUGUGAUGAAGCACAUAUUUCUCAAGCAUUUAGUGCAUUUAGUAGGCGAUAUACAUCAGCCUCUUCACACAGUUAGUUUCUAUAGCUAUUAGUUUUAAAAUGGAGAUUUAGGAGGUAAUAAAUAAAUGGUUUAAUUAAGUGAUAAUAGAAAAAAUAAUUUGCAUUUCUAUUUUGAUUCUGGAGCAUUUUAUUAUACUUUUGAAGAUAGAAUACAUAGACCAUUUAAUGAAUCCUUUAUUGAUUAUUUUGAAGAAGAAAUUGCAAGACUUAUAAAGUUGUAUCCAAGGGAGGAGCUUAAAAUAAAUGAUGAAGACAUACAAUUUGAUUAAUGGGUGAAAGAGAGCUAUAUGAUUUCUAUAGAAUAGAUUUACUCCUAGAUAGAUUUAACAGGAAACUAAAAAAUAAAUAAAAUUACUGAUGAAAAUCACAGAAAAAACUAAGAAUUAUGCUAGAAGUAAAUUGUUAAAGCAGGCUAUCGUUUAGCAAAUAUACUUGUAGAUUUUUUGAAGGACGAAAAAGGCAUAUAUACUUUUGAUAAAGAAAAUUAAUAAUUAAUAACUAAAAAUAAAAACAAAAAUAAUCAUAAAGACGGAACGAUUUUUGCAUUUAUAAUUGCAUUAGUUUUUUUAAUAAUAUGUCUUUUCGGAUGCUACAAAAAUAGCUAAAGUCACUUAAAACUAAAAUAAAACGGAAAUAGUAGUAGUCAUAAUCACAGGCAUCAUGAAUUAUAAAAUUAAAGUGAAAAUUUAUGA